AAGCAGAGCGGCUUUGCCGGACAAGCUACUCCCGGCGUGGUGUUCUGAACGCCUCCAUCUUCCUUUCCCCGGGAAACCCGAGACAUGUCGUCGAGGACCGACCGCGAUUGCUUGAGCUGCCGCAUCGUCGGUGGAGCGGGACUGAUCGGCUCCGCCUUCUGGGUCUUUUGGAGGGUCCGCAGGACUAUGCAACAAGGGAUUGCCAUCCACAUGGGCCAUACCGCGCAGUUGACUUUCGCAGCCUGUCUCUUCUGUGGGGGUCUUGCCGUGCUCACAAGGCCACCUGGCGAAUCAAAGAAAGAGACGUGACCAGCAGCGCCCCUUUACUGACUGCCCCCCCUCCAUUUCCAGAUCCAGCAUCAUUUCAGACUUCAGCCAGGAAGACAGAACAGGGGCAAAUCCUGUGGCCUUGUUAGCAAUGUCUGCUGCAGGUUGGCUUAGAUGCAAAGCAGCCACCACACCAGUCUUCCCCUCUGCAUAGAUAUUAAUGCUGUGUGCAUUUUUUUAUUGCUGAGAUCGUCAGGAGAGCCUAUGCUGGAUGUCAUAUUGGGGAGGGGAGAAAAUCUACAACCCUUCUGCAUAAAAAAAAAACCCACCACCUAUCUAUGCUAUGUAAAUGUUAACUGAUUUUGCUCUAAAUAAACCAAGCUCUGUAGCUGCAUCAGUGGCUAUAAGCUUCACACAAAA